AUGGCCAUCUCGUAUCGACGCUUGAACAACGAGUACAGCGACGUCGAACAGCAGAAUGAGGUUUGUGCGCUCUCGAACACCGAAACGCCGUCAAUUUGGCACACUGGGAUACAUAGACCCUCAAACGGAAAUGGCUCCACUCGGUGGCUUGAUCGAGCUCGUUUCGCUCUUCUCGGCUUCGCGCUUUUUUUCCUCCUCAAUCAGCUCGAGUUUGUCAAUUUUGGAGUGUUUAAUCUGAGGAGCGGUUUUCUGAAGUUGACCAACGGCGAACCGCUGAAAAAAAUCCCGACAAAGCAAAUUUUGCUUUUUAGAAGAAGACCUGAAGUGGCUUCGGUGGAUUGUGCGCGAGUGAUCAGCGGAGAUGUCAAUUAUACAGAGAAAUUCUCGAAAGGACGAAUCCCAUUGAUACCUAACCCCAAUUUGGACAUGUCCUGUUCGGGGAUUCGUGAUCGAGUGUUAAUGGGAAGAAGUGAACAAGAGAAGAUCAACUAUUCGAUCGCUUUUGCCAGAGAUGUACAUGAGGCCUAUGAAUACCUCGAAAUGCAAUUGGCCGCCUCAUACAGCUUCGAGAAUCACUAUUGUUAUUCGACUGAUUCAAAAGCUCCACGAGAUUUCCAGCAGAAAAUUCGAAUGUUGGCUGCCUGUUUGCCGAAUGUUUACACGCCGCCAGAGAAAAACGUGAUGGACUCGGCCGGCCACAACAUUAAUCGGGGUCACUACGAUUGUAUGACGGUUUUGAUCGAGCAACCCGAUUGGAAAUAUCUUGUAUUGCAACAAACAUUCGACGUCGUUUUGCAUACUCACCGGGAAAUGGCUGAGAUGUUCAAGCUCAUUGAGGGCACAAACGAUGUGGAGAUUGUCGAGGGAGUACCAUGGGGAAGAAUCAAUAAAGAACUGGACUGGUCAUUGCCCGGAUUGGGUUUCAUAACGAAUAAUACAAUGAUGAGCCAAGAAGAAGUGAGCAAGGCGAAGAUCUCGUUUGGGAAAGGAUAUGUACAGGCCUCACUGAUGAGAGCUGCCGUGAAAUGGAUAACGAAAGAAGUGAACGUCGAGAAGUUGAUCACUCAAUUCAAUGGGAAACCGAGUGACUAUGGUGUCGAUGAGCAAUUCAUCGCUACACUGCAAGUCUCCGAGACUUUACGGAUGCCGGGCGGUUUUCAUCACACGUGCGCGGGGAGAACGAAUGAUUGGUAUAUGACAAGAUACACAAUUUGGGGUGGCGAAUGUAAAACGAACAACUGGCGACACGGACAGUGCGUCUUUGGAAUCGAAGAUGCGCCAUCAUUAACAAACAAGACCGCAAAACGUUUCCUAAUGGGCAACAAAUUUGUACCGGAUUUCGACUUUGCCGGCUAUUCUUGCAUCAAUGAAUGGGUUUUCAAUAAAACACGAGAUGGAGAUCAGCCAUUUGAUGCGGAUCAUAUCAUAAAGAAUCCACAGGCUCGCUACAACCGCGAAAAGCUGGCCGGCCGAAUCGACAUCUACACCUACAAUUGCAGUGAUAUUCCAAAGGGUAAAAAG